CAUUUUCUAUUUGUUUUCUAUUCUAUUCUUUUCUUAGUUUUCUUUCGUAGAAGCACUUAAGCCGUAUUGUGACAUUUUAGUUUUCAAAGUAAACGUGUUCAUUUACUUUAAAAGUACCUUUUUUCCUGAUUGUUUCGUAUAAGUUUUACAAUUCGCAAGUACUAUCAAACAAUUCGCCAAAAUGAGUGACGAAAGAAUGGUUGAAGAUGUUAAGAAAGAAGAUAAAGUAUACGGCGGAUGCGAAGGUCCCGACGCGAUGUACGUGAAAUUGAUUUCCAGCGACGGCCAUGAAUUCGUAGUGAAGAGAGAGCACGCGCUCACAUCUGGUACGAUUAAAGCCAUGUUGAGCGGUCCUGGUCAGUUUGCUGAAAACGAAACCAACGAGAUACAUUUCCGAGAAAUCCCAUCACACGUGUUGCAAAAAGUUUGCAUGUACUUCGCGUAUAAAGUCAGAUACACAAACAGCUCUACCGAAAUUCCUGAAUUUCCUAUUGCACCUCAGAUUGCGUUGGAAUUGUUGAUGGCUGCGAAUUUCUUAGACUGCUGAUAUAUGUAUCGUAUUUCUGUUCUUUUUUUUAAAUUUAAUUACUCCUUUCCAAUUUUUGAAAACACUUCAUUUUAUUCUGCAACAUCGUUCAAUUGUACCUGAUACGUACGCAAACUGUAAUGAAAUGAUUGUCGAAAGAGUUUUUCCAUCUAAGAAAUGAAAUUCAAUAUCCUAAUACGUCAGAGCAAUGAGUUUUCAGCUUGGUUUUUACCUUAUUCUUAAUAUUAUUAUAGUAAAGUUGAAUUAUUGUUUCUUGUAUUCAUAAGUGUUUUGUAACAUGAUUGUUGCUGUUUAAUUAAAGUGUUUCCUGUAUAGUUUAUAUAUAAUUAUAUCUGCAGUAAUUUUUAAUAAAGAUUUUUUUUUCUA